AGGAUAUCUUUACUAAUAUCUUGGAUAUGCUGGAAUAUUCCAUAAUAGUUUUAAGAACAUUUUUUGUGGUUGUCUUGAUGUGCAAGAAAGAUGCUAUACCAAGAUAUGAAGCCAGCAAGUACUUCAGCACUGCCACCUAAUAUCCAGUUUUAUCGUCGAACUUUACCCACUUCUUGUGUAUCAUUUGGCAGCGAAGAAGGAAAAGCACUUUUUAAAGAUGCUUUAUUAACUGGCUAUGCUAACAUAUACUUUCCAUUGGCUGAGCAGUUUCGCACACAAAGUGAGCCAGCAUACUGUGGACUUUCUACUCUUGUCAUGGUUUUAAACGCAUUAGCUGUAGAUCCAAAACGAGUGUGGAGAGGUGCUUGGCGUUGGUAUCACGAGGAGAUGUUAGACUGCUGUUUGUCUUUGGAUGUUGUUCAACAACAAGGAAUUACCAUGGAGCAGUUUAUAUGUCUUGCUACUUGCAACAAUUUGGAUAUCAAUACAGUGCGAAUCACUGAUGAUGAGAGCAUAGAGGACUUUAGGAAUGUCGUGAAAAGAAUUUGUUCAGGUGGCGGACAAAUAUUGACAUGCUCAUAUUCACGUCGAGUAUUGGGACAAACUGGGGAUGGACAUUUUUCUCCUAUAGGUGCGUACAACGAAGAGAAAGACAUGCUUUUAAUUUUGGAUGUCGCUCGAUUUAAGUAUCCACCACAUUGGAUAACAGUUGAUCUGAUGUGGAAUGCGAUGAAAGCUCUCGAUAAAACAACAGGUCAUCCCCGUGGUUACAUAAUAAUGCGUAAAACUCAGGAAAUGCCACUUCUUUUGUUUCGCCUCUCAAAUACAUUUCGUGUCACCAUUGCAACCGAGAAACUUUCCAGCAGUAACAUGGCAAAAUUUUUAAAAUCGUGGAAAGAAUUCCUUAAGAUGACUGAUUGCUGCGGAGUGUGUGAGAAUUUGGAGGGAGCGGUAACAUAUGCAUUGAAAUCGCUCAACGAGUCACUGGCAGCUCUAUUAGAAGAGGAGUCAGUGUUCACCACGCAAUUUAAUACCUGCUGUAUAGAUGUAUUACCAACUGAGCAUGUCGAUGGUGUGGAGAAGUUACUAAAAUCGAUUGAGAGUUUAAAAAUUUACCAAGUUGUAAAAAACUGGUUCGCAAAUUUCAAGUUUAAUAAUCAAGGUGUCGUGAAACCUAAAAGUAUGUGUCGGUGUUCGUCGAGGAGGUCCAGAAUCUCAAGGGUCGGGGUUUCAUACAGUCAACGUCCGGAAUAUCAUUCUGAAAAUGAAAGUAACAGCACAGAUCACAGUGUGGAAUCAUCAUGUCGUAACAAAGGUGAAAAUUUAGUGACACAAAAUCAUUACGUGACCAUGUUAUUGUUAAGCUGGCCGUACCCUCAACACUCACAGCCUGGAUACGUGUGCUGUUUAUAUAAAUAUGUUGAGGAUAGCAUGAAGGAUUGUGAAGCGAUUUUGGAUAACGAAAUAAAUAAAAUGGCUGUCGCUCAUGUGGAGGCUAAAAGUUCACAAAAUGUCAUUAUUAAAUUGGGCUUCCAUGGUGGAUCACCGUGAGACAAAAUUUAUCAAACAAGCACUCAUUGCUACUUACAAUAUCAAUAUAUUGUAGUGUUUCACAGCUAUUGUAACUAUCUCGACGAUCCAAAUCAAUUGGAGGAGAGCAUGGUGAUGAUCCAGAUGAAGACGAAG